AUGGAUGGUGAGGAACAAGGAAGUGUGAAGGAGAACUGGUGUAGGAAGGAAGUGGGUGGGCAGUCUGACAACAUGAAGAGCAUGAAAGAGCAAAUCAUGGAGAGGAUAACUGACACGUUUCCCCCCUCACCACCUGGCAGAGAAUCCAGUGAGUGGGAGGCCAGAUUCUACCAGACCCAGAGCAAGUACCUCCUUCUCCUCAAUGAGCUGCACUCCCCCCAGCCCAACCAGCACGACCGCUCCAUUGUCUCCCAGCUCCUGCAGGAUGUGGUGGGCGCCAAUGAUCCCCCUGACUUGAGGGUGAUUCAGAGCAAGGGGCGUGAGUAUGACGAGUACGGCUUCUGCAUCACGGGGCCAGACGAUGGGACGCUUGAAGCCAGGGCAUCCUUCCUCCAGAAACAGUCACAGGCACUCGCACACCAGAUCCAGCAAGGUGGGGCUUCCUGGGAGAGCAAAUGGGAGAGUUUUCUGGCAGGAACGAGUGCCAAGGAGCUGCCCACCUGCACAGAACUCAAGUACCUGAUUAGAGGGGGCAUUCCUUACCAGUACAAGGGGAAGGUGUGGCGCCUGUUGAUAGAUGCUCGUGUGAGCCCCCUGAGAGCUGCAGUACCCACUAAUUACUACCAGGACCUGCUUGCCUGCCUCACCUCCUCUGUGCUGGACCCCGCCACCAAGCAGAUUGAGCUUGACCUGCUGAGAACACUGCCCAACAACCGGCACUACGAGGCCAUGCACUCUGAUGGGAUAGCCAAGCUGCGGCGAGUCCUCCUGGCCUUCUCCCGCCACAACCCAUGCGUCGGGUACUGCCAGGGUUUGAAUCGCCUGGCUGCCAUCGCACUGCUGUUUCUCAAUGAGGAGGAUGCAUUCUGGUGCCUCAUCUACAUUGUCGAGUACCUCAUGCCACCUGAUUACUACAACAAGAACCUGCUGGGAUCUCAGGUGGACCAGAGAGUCCUGAAAGACCUGGUUGCUGAAAAACUCCCAAGACUGAACAGCCACCUCACUCGUCAUGGCCUCGACUUCUCCCUCUUCACCUUCAACUGGUUCCUGUGUGUGUACAUUGACAUCAUCCCACCCAUCACCUACCUCACCAUAUGGGACUCCUUCCUUUACGAGGGAUCUAAGGUUCUGUUCCGAUAUGCACUGGCCAUCUUCAAGUUGUGUGAGGAGGGAAUACUGGAGCGUGCUGACUACAUGGAGAUCUUCAACUACCUCCGCUCAGUUCCAGCUCCCAUCACAGACAUCCCAAAGCUGCAGGAGGCUGCCUUCCAGUGGGUCAAUCCUCUAUCCAUGCGUUACCUGAGGGCUCGCCGCGCUCACCACACCGCAAUUGUCAAGGCUGAACUGGAGGAAGUGGAGGCGUACCGCAGGGACUACUACGCUUCGAAGGCCGCCAAGGAAUCCCAGGCAACCUCUCCCUUGCCCGCCACGCCCGUAGACUCCCCACGCACCUCGGAUGACGAAGGGGGAGGCGAGAGGGACUCCUGCUCCUCCCCGCCCUCCCCGCAUGCAGGUCGGGAGGGGGAAGAGGGGAGCCGUGUCCAUUUCGAGGCCCUUCAGUCAGUGGUGUUUGAGAGGAAGGAUGAGGCGAGUCGAAAGAUUGAUGAGGCGUCCGUGGAGCCUUGUGAUAAGGGCAGGGAGUGAGGGGUGAAUUAUGAAAGAGAGAGAGAGAGAGAGAGAGAGCGAGAGAGAGAGAGAGAGAGAGUUUGGUGUUGGAGUGGAUGGUGUGUACCUCGGAUGCUUAGUCUUAUUUUCUCUCUCUCUCUCUCUCUCUCUCUCUCUCUCUCUCUCUCUCUCUCUCUCUCUCUCUCUCUCUCUCUCUCUUCCUCGUGGCUAAGAACAAGUAUUUUUUGUGCUUCUUUGCUUCAUUGGAGAGUGUGUGGUGUAUUUGUUAUUAUUAUUAUUAUUAUUAUUAUUAUUAUUAUUAUUAUUAUUAUUAUUAUUAUUAUUAUUAUUAUUGUUUAUUUAUUUAUUUUAUUUAUUUCUUCUUCUUCUUCUUCUUAUUAUUAUUAUUAUUAUUAUUAUUAUUAUUAUUAUUAUUGUUAUUAUUAUUAUUAUUAUUAUUAUUAUUAUUAUUGUUAUUAUUAUUAUUAUUAUUAUUAUUAUCAUCAUCAUAAUCAUCGAUCUGCACAUGACUUUUGUGGUGCAUUGUGAUGAAAAACAUUUUUGUUAAAUAUCCUUAAGAUAGAGCUUUCUUCUUGAACUGUUUCCAUAUAAAAUAUUUUCUCAUUUUUUUGUGCAAUUGAAAUAUGUUAACUAUAUUAUAUACAUACAGAUUAUAUAUAUUUACAUAAACAACACCAACAUGAAAAUAUUUAAUGGAAUUCCCACUGUGCUGAGUUACUUACAAAAAAAAAAAAAAAAGCCAUGACUUAUGAUACAUGUCUGCCAUACCAUGUUAUAUUUACCAAUGUAUGACUAUAAUUCUUCCUGUAUGUGUGGGAGAAAGUAUAGAACUUAGGUGUAGUGUUAGUGCUAGAUGUUGCCACCAUAGUCAGGAAGCCUUACCAAGGACAAAAUAUUCUUGCCAUGUGUACCAAAAGACAGUGGGAAGGAAAGACUCGCUUUCCUCUCUCGCUUCAUUACAUUUUAAGCAGAUGACAAAACAUAGUCACAGGUUCUGAUGCUAUGCAAAAACACAGGCGUGGCCAAGGAAGCUUCAGGGAAUUGAGACCCUGUUACAUUGCCACUUAUCUCUAAAAACAACUAUUUCUUUACAUCACCUCAUCCCUUGUACGUUUAAGAAGUCCCCUGUAACUAACCCUUUGAGCAGAGGUAAUGCAAUAUUUUGAAAUGGUCUUUUAUUCUGACUCAUGUUUCGAAACUAUGACCGAAACAUGCAGCGAACAAUUAUUUUAUUACAUUGAAAGAAGUCAGCAGUCGUUUAUUUUACUUAUUUAUUUAUUUAGUUAGUUUUCUGAGCAGCAAAGUAACGUCUUUUCUCUACAUUUCUUUUCUGUGUGUGCUCUCUGCUUGCCUCCUUCACUAAAACAGAUAUAAAUAAAUUAAUUAAUAAUAAAAAUUAAUCAAUGAAAGUCAAAGGGUUAUUUUUUUCAGAUAUCUGACCAUCAAAAUAGUGUCUUCCCCCAUUUUUGUUCUCUUUGCUGCCCUCCUUUAGUCUUAAGAAAAUCAAUCUAAAACUGCGCAAUGGUUAAACCUCGCCAGUGUGAGUCCCAGUGAUGAAAAUAUUACUUCCAUGAGAUUACCUGAUUUACCUUCAUGAUAUUAGUUCUGCAUAACAAGACUAAUUCCGUCAUCCGUAGCAUUACUAGUGUUUGCUGCUCCCAGGGCACCUCUCCGUAGCCACACGCAAACAUUUGCCUUAUAACAUUACCACAUAAUGAUUAGCCACACAAACAUUUAUCUUAUUACCUUACCACAAAAUGAUAUGACCUUGUACUGUACCCACUACAUGUUAGUUUCCCUUACCGUAGUACUUCAGUGGAAUACAAAAAUAUACGUAGAUAGUCAUAUACGUAGUAGUUACUUGUGCUCGUAUUUAUUUCACGUAGUCUCACCCAGUUAACUCUUUGGAGGGGCUGUUUAAAAAUGUCAUGCAGAUAUUUUCCCUAGUUUGUCAUGUAAUGGAGACUUCCCAUGCAAAUAUUUCACCUCCCAUGUAUUGCUCCCAUGAAGACUCUUUGCCCCUUUUCCUUUCCAAAGUUUCCAUUCUUCCUCCAUUAGUAACUAACUCCUUCCUUCAUUUGCUAUUCUUGUAUUCCUUAUUUUCCUUUCUGUUGCCUCUUUGCUCCUUUUCCUUUUACUUUAGUAGCUUUCAUCUUACUUUCUCCUUUUAUUUAUGUCAUUUGCUAUUCUUGUACUAAUUAUUUUUGCUUUUACUGCCUGCUUUCUCUUCUACUAUCAUUUUUUAUUUCUUGCCCCAUUAACCUUCCUUUACAUCCUUUUCAUUCCUGUUUACUCCCAUUUAAAUGGAGUACACUUCCCUUUGAUACUACUCUAUUGAUAGUUUACUACUUCCUUUUACUUACCUCUAUUUACUAUUCAUGUACUAUUAAUUUUUCUUUCUCUUGCAUCCUUUCUCUUUUAGCAUCAUUCUUUUUCUCAUCCCAUUACCCUUCUUCAAAUUUACAUGCAGUACUUCUUGUUACUAUCACUCAGUUAGUAGCUUACUCCUCCCUUCUGUUGUUUACUGGACUUACUAUUCUUUUAUUCAUCAUUUCUCUACGUAUUUCCUCUUCUCCUUUACCAUCAUUCUUUUUUUAUUCCUGUGUACUCUAAUUUACAUGCAGUACUUCCUGUUACUGCCAUACUACCUUGUUCUGCAUAUCUCCCAUAAACCUCCAAUACCAUAGACUUCCAGCUCCCAUGCACUCCUGCCAUGCACACUCACACCCCAUGUACCAGCCUUAGUCAGUCAUGCUCAGGGGAUCAUGAAAAAAGCCUUCUAUCUACACUCUAUAGAAUAACAAGGCACAUCUACACAUUUAGACAGCCCAAGAGCCUUAAGUCAAUAUUUAUUUAUACUUGCAUAGGUAUCGUAUAAGAUAAUAUAUUACGUAGCUUCUAAGAUGUGAAAAUGUUAGAGUAAUACUGAAUUUAGUGUUGCAGGUUAUUUGCUUUCUGCCCCCUCACUACAAUGCUCUCUGCCUGCAAGAGGAACAGUGUCUUGUUGAUCAUUACCUAUGCGUUUAAGUGCAUGACUUCAUGUUUGGCUGGAAAAAUUUAUCAUGUUUCCAUAUUGCAGAAUGCUGUGUUUUGUUGAUGCUUCAAAGUGUUAUUUAUUUGUUUAUUUUUUUUGUGAAAUGUGUUGUGUUUUCAGAAUUGAUUUGGUGACGAUUUAUUUAAUUAAAUUUAUUGUUUUCCAAGUAAGAAAGAAAUGGCUAAGUUAUCCAUUGAAGUCCAGAUUAAGCAGUUGUGUUUUCAUGCUAUUUAAUGUAGUAUGCAUUAGUCAUUUAUGCAACACUGCUCAAUGCUGCACUGUGAGGACUGAAUGAGUGAUAGUAGCAGUGCCACACUCACACUAUUCCCGCCAGCCACCUUGCCCACGUAAGGUUUAGUUCCCAACACUGACAGUCACUGGCACCAGGCUGGACGUGCACUGCUGAUCCUGUCGCUGCCUUGCAUGUACUGGUGAUCAACAUGCACUUUUCUACAUACAGGUGAAAUUCUAGAAAGUAUUUAUUAGAGCUCUAUUUUUUGUAUUGCCAAGGCCGUAGAAGAUGGGAGUGUUGUGUCGUUCACCAUUGUACGCUUGGAAGUGUUUUUGCCCUUGAACAAAUGCCAAGCUGUUGCCUUUCCUUAUUUGAGUUGCCUCCCCAUCCUCCUUGUCUUGAUGUCCUUACAGUUACCAAAACUCUUGACCUUUCCACUGCUAUGGUCUUCCUUUCUUGACAUUCAGAGUGCUGUGAAAAAAAAAAGAAAAAAAAAAAGAAUGCUUACUUGGACAUGGACACACAGAAAGACAAGAGAAUAGGAUGUCAGUUUACUGUUGUCACACCUCUUAACUCUUACUCUGCUGUAGCCUUCCUUCAUUAACAUUCAGAGUGCUAUGAUGAAGACUACUUACAUGGACUGAAAGAAAAAGGGAAUAGGAUCUAAAUUUAGUCUUUUUCCAGGCAACACAAAAAUUUUAAAAGACUGAAAUGUGUCCAAAAAGUUGUGGGUGUUAAUGGAAAAGAUUGUCUGGUGUUGAAGGAAUUAAAUAACUCUUCUCUCUAACAGUCAUCAUGUUUUUCCACUCCUAUCACUGUACCAUCUUCCUUCUCAUGCAUUAGUUACUGUUACUGUGCCAUCUUUCCUGUCUACUUUUGUCCUCAAUGCCAAGUGACAUCUGCCACUGCUUUGCCGCAGCAGAACAGCUCGGUGCCUCAACAUUUCCAGGCUGUGCAAUGAAUGGAUGAUCUUAAACACACAGAAGAGUAUUAAUAUAUUGCCAAAAAUGAAAGUAUAGGGAGAUACCAAUGAAAGGAAAGUAGUUGCUUUUUAGGUCGUGUUAAUUAGGCUAAGCACAAAUAUUGCCUCUUAGUAACAGUAGUACACAGGAAUUAAAGUGAGGAGUGUACGUAUUUGCAUAUACUUUCACUUUAUGCCAAAUGUAUAAGUUUCCUUCACAUACUAUAUAGUGAUUAACAUUAACAGUACCAAUACAAUGUACGUAGUGAUUAAGACACACAUACUUAUAAUACUAGAAAUAUAUAUAUAGUAAGUAUUAUUCCUAUUGUUAGAAGAAGAGGAGAGUGUGAAGGAGGAGGAGGAGGAAGAAAAGCAUUCCAGUCCCAUGCAAGUGAUCAAAGGAAUUCUGCUACAUUCCACACUUUAUUGGUGGUGUCUGUGAGGGAUGAAGGUGGUGUGCUGUGGGAGACAUCAGCACAUCAACACAUAACACAUCAGUACAUUAACAUAUCAACACAUCAAUACAACAGUACAUCAGUACAUUGACACAUGAACACAUCAUCACAAGAGCACAUCAGUAGAUUAACACAUCAACACAUCAACUCAGCAGAUCAACACAACACAUCAACACAGCAGAUCAACACAACACUUCAAAACAUCGGCACAUCAACACAUCAGCACGUCAUCACAUCAACAGCUAGGUCAACAGGGGGAUGUGUUGCCAGGAUGAGUUUAUUGCACAGACUGAGAAUCCUUUAUCUUUGAAAUCUUGGAGUGUUUGAGUUUAUUGUUUCCUCCCGUUUUCGUGGUAAUACAGCACAAAAGCAGGACGGUGAUAUAGAUUGUAUUAACCGUAUCAGAUCAUUACAAUGCUUGGUGCUGUGUAUUUCACUUAUGAUGUUGUAUUUUCAGUUUUUAAGCAGAAACAUAUGUAACGUAAGAAAUCCUGUUGUAAAUUAAGUCUGGAUAAAUUAAUAUUAAGUUCAGAAAAUUUUCAGUGAUUGGUACUGCUUAUUUAACUUAUGAUGCAGUAUUUUUAGUCUGUGGAUAGUCAGGAACAUACGAACAUAAGGAACCCCUAAGUAAGAAAAUGUAAGAAAAAGUAAUUAAGAAAAAAUUAAGUGUUUUCUAGUCCAUAAAAUAUCUAGGAACAUGUCUAACAAAAGCAUUCCAAGUGAAGUAUCAAAUUAUUACACUGUUUGGUGCUACCUGCUUCACUUGUGAUAUAUAUAUUUUUAGUUCAUGAACAGAUAGGAACAUAAGUAAAUAAAUUGUGUGGAUUCAUAAGUAUUCUUAAGUCCAGGAAAAACAUUAGGAGCAUGUUUAACUAAUGUGUUUCUAGAUUAGGGAUUCUUAGUCUGUGCUCACUCCUCACACUCACCUUCCUGUGCCAUCUUGAACCAGGAGAGAUCAGGUAACUUCUCACAUUGGAACUGUCAUCAUUUUUUUGCACAAAGUCUGAAAUUUUAUAAUAUAUUAAAAAAUUUGUUGUACCAUGUCUGUAAGGAGAGAUCAUUCUCAAAUCCAGAGCCUUGUGCUAUUAUGGGUUUGUUGUGAAUCACUCCAGUUAAUAUUUAUAGCUAAGGUUAAUCCUAUUGGGAGUUGAAUGUCACUGUUGUGAGAGUGUCUUAUUAUUAGUGAUGCCAAGGAUAAACUGGUUGGGUGCCGCAGUGCAUGGUGCUGUGGGUGCCAGUGAAGUGCCUUCUGUUGGUGUGUGCUCAUCAUUCCUCCUGCAACUCAUGGUUCUCAUCAACUUCGUGAUGCAUCCUUUCACCGAGGGACAGAUUUGAUUCUCCAGUGUAUCACUGUGAUUGACUGAGGGAUAUGCUGUUUUUUGCUGAUGUCAGUUGUCACAGUAACUUUACUUAUAACAUAAAGCAGUAGUUCUUAUCCUGGAGGGGCUGUGGUGCUUUGGGUGGAGUGCUUCAUGCUCUGUGAAGGAAGAAAUACAUAGAUUUCAUAAAUUAAGUCUUAUUAUUGGAAUGACUGACUCAAUCAUAAACAUGUCUUCAGAACAUGGAAGUACAGAAAUACAUGUGCAUUUCUGUUUACUUCUCAUUAAUUUUAGGACUCACAUGUGAAUGAAGUGUCUGUUACUAGGUAACCACUCAAGGGUGCAGGUCCUGAGGAUAAGAACCAUUGUUGUAUAGGGAUGUAUUUCUUGCAUAAUGUGUGUGUGUUUAUGUGAGGUAGGUGGGUGAUGUAUGUUGGUGGAGGGAAGACUUCUGCCCACUCCAAGACAUCCUCAGUGUGCGAGUGCUGACCCAAGUGUGCUGUGGGAUGCUGAACUCACUCAAACUCACCUGCCAUUAGGUUGAGGAAGCAGAUCUGGAUUCCAAGCACAUGGAUCAUCUUUGCGUUCCUGUUUGAGUUGUAACAUGUAUUCUCAGUUCUGUCUCCUGUGAUGUUGAUGAGGGUGUCACCUGAAGUACCGUGAAAAGUCAUGUGAAUGCUUGUGUCAACUGUACUUUUCACAUUCCAGGCAGUGUACAGUGGAAAUGUGGAAACUUUAUGCUAGUGUGGUAUAGGUGAUGAGGAACAUACAUGGAGAAAGGUUAUAGUCAAGUAUUUAAUGGACCAAGAAAUAGUUUAGAUAACAUUACUUGCAUAUAGGAACAUUGAAAAGGUAUUGGAAUUAUUUACCAUAACUCUUUAAUCUGUUGUGUGGGUGUGGCAUCACAAGAGUAUGCCACAUAUAUUAAUGUACGCAGAAUUUCCUUUUUCCUAUGUCCCUCCCUCCUGUGAAACAUCAACUGCUGAGCCCCAGAACAUCCUUACAAAUUUCUUACCUGCUUCUCAGUUGCUGUUGUCCCCUCAUGCAUCACAUUAGGAGGCAUAUUGCUUCAAAAGGCUGGUUGUCAUUUGUCCAGGAAAAUAUAUUAGUAUCUGAUGAGUGUUUUGAAGUGCCUAAUCUAAAAGCUUUACAACACUAAGGAAUCUCAUCUUGAACAGUGCCAAGGUAUGAACAUGAGGGGAGAAAGGUAACAGUGUGUGGGUCAUAUUUCUAGUCAAUCAGCAGAGUGUUAUCAUGCAUCAGUACAGGUACUAAUAAUGAAUGACUUUUCAUGGUGUUUGAACAUUCUUAAUUAUACGCAGACAGUCUCAGUUGAUCCAGUAUCUGUGCAUAUUUAAAAUGGUCAUUAAAAUAGAAACAGCCCUGCCUCACCUGAUACACAGUCUGCCCUGUGAAAGUUGUACAAGAGUGAGUGUUGACAGUGUGGAGGACUUGCAGUAUUAACAUUACCAGUGUUUGGUGGCUGUGGACCAGAUGAUGAACUGGUAACUGAUUGGUUUGAAUUUCAUGAAAGUUAGGAGUGAGGCAGUAUUGAAGUUCCUUGUGCUUAGUGACUAGUGGUAAGAUACUGUAACUGGUAAUUUGAGCUGAUUAGAGCUCAACAUCACUUUUAUAGUCCUAGGCAGUGCCAUAUGACCUCGUUGGUGUAGCUUCACAAAUCAUUCUAUUUACAAAUCCAUUUUCACUUUAUUACAUUCUAGUCCCUUCUGGUUGAAUUGAUAGAUAACCCUAGCUGCCUGUCUGGCCCAUCUGCCAUCCACCACCAAUAUGAUGCAGUUUUCCAGUCAGUCAGAUAUCAGUAAUACCCUGCUCUGGACUUCAUCUCAAGCAGCAAGGCAUCAGUGCUACCUUACUACUGCACAUGGGAAAUUAAGAGGAACAGAUUCUGAUGGAUUACUGUGCCUUACCUUUAAAUUCCAGUGUGGUAAGGUGAUCAAAUAAUGCAGUACUAGCUUCUAUUGUUAGGUUUUUUAAUUUUCUGUCAGUAUGAAGUUUUCUGACCAACUGAUAGUCUCCUUACAAAAGAAAACUUACAGUUUCUUAACAGAUUGGAGGCCUUCAGAUUGAGGGAAAACUUAACACAGUAAAGUGAAUGCAUUGUUACUCAGCCUCUCACCUUGAUUGUACAAACGAUCUUCUUCUAGUUUGAUUCUGACAUGCGGUGUUAUUGCCUGUCUUCAUUGUGAUGUAUAGAGAUGAGUGGGGCAGUGAAGCAGGGAAAAAUAGCCUUUCUUGUAAUCUUGCAUGACCUUCAUUGCCUAGUCCAAUGGCGAGUCACCUAAUGCCCACCAGUUACAUUUUAUGUGGCAGGAGGCAGGGCUUGUUCUCUGACAUAGGAAAAAAAAUAGCCUCUCUAUCACUUUUGGGUGAACCAGGCUGUGAUUGUGUAUGAUUUCUUUGUAUGUUUUUCUGGUCCCUCAGCCAUGUGAACUUUGUGAAAGGAAGUGUAUGAGAUUCUACGUCUGAGUAAUACUGUCAGCUGUGUCCUCUAACAGAUGUAAGCUAUUCUUAAGUUACUGGUGAAUAAGUUAAGAGUUUGUUCUUUGAUCUGAGCUUGAUCAAAUUGGGUUUACAAGAACAGGUAUUUGUAAGUCACUAUGGAAGAAUAAAUGGAGAUUUGUACCCUGGAAA